GAUAUGACAAAGGAGUAGCAUCUUAGUCUUACUAUAUUGAAAUAUCAGGUCUAGCUGGCAGCUAGAGUUUAAAAUAAUUGAAAUUAAAUAAUUGAAAUUAAAUUAGAGUUUAAAAUAAUUGAAACUGUCAUUUAAAAAAAAGUCAGACCGAUGUGAAUCUGCAGUAUGUAUACGGGGUAAAAAUGGGAGUUCAUAAUCUGCUUGAAUCAAAUGUAUGAAAUAUGAUAUGUCAAGAGCUUUGUAAUGUUUUGAACAACUAAUAAUAAAAAAUUUUUAAAAAAUAAUAAAUAAAUAAAAAGUCAGCAUACAUUAGUGUACACAUAAAGGCUCACUCCUAGAAUCUCUUUUUGUAUUGUUGGCUUUGCACAUUAGGGUAGAAUUCCUCUUGAUUAUUGUAGAAGGCAGAGAGAAAAUCAUUCUUUUUUUUUUUUUAGCAUACAAACUCUAGAAAUAUGUCUUCAGUCUCUAGUGCAAAAUGAAAUCACAGUUACCGUCCCAAGAGACGUUGGUCAUAAAGCCACCAACAUGCACUUUCAUAUUUGUUUGAUUCUCUCCCACUGUAUAGGGUUUUUUCUCUCUCAGUAUUGGCCACUAUAAGUCACUAUAAGAAUCUUUUACACUUUGUCCCUUAUUUAGAAGAUUCUAGAAAAAUUAGCAUUUCAGGGCUGGGGUUGUGGCUCAGUGGGAGAGCUCUUGCCUAGCAUGCAUGAGGCACUGGGUUUGAUCCUCAGCACCACAUAUAAAUAAAUUAAAUAAAACAAAUAAAGGUAGAUCAACAACUAAAAAAUAUUUUUAAAAAGUAGCAUUUCAGUUGCUGUCAAGUUACUAUGAAAAAGAGCAUAGAAAGUUCUUUCUACUAAAAUUCUCCAGAUUAAUGGUCCAGAGAUGGGGUCAGUGCUGCCAGGAAAUCCACAGCCAAGGUUAGAAAGAAUUUGGAAACCUCACAGAAAGCAAUUUGACAUCAUAUUUAAUAGCAUCAAAUUAUGGACCUUUUCUUCACUUAGAAACACCUGCAGAUUUUUUAUCUUAUGAUCUUCCAGUCAAGAAAACUGCCUAGUAACCCUAUUUAUGUGUCAUCAUUUGUUUUUUUAAUUUUGAAAAAUGAAGCUGAAGAUCACAUUUAAGAAGAAAUCUAGAAGAUUUUAAAAUAAUGUAAUUAAAGAAAUACUUACACCUAUUUGGAUUGUUGCUAUGAUUUGGGAGUUACCUAUAAACUUUGAUGGUAUUUCAGGUAGUUAUCAUUUAUUUUGAAAUCCCAGAAGGCUAUACAUUUGCAUUUAUCACAGCCCAGAUUUUCUAGAUUAGUCUCAGAUUAAUGAAAUUAUUGAUUAUUGGUAUUGUCAAGGAGGUAGCAGAGUUAUAAUCAAUGUGUUGUUCAUUUGAAAAGCUUCUUUAUCUAAUGGUUUAUAACUGAAUUGUUUCUGGAAUUUCUUUGCUUCCUUUUCACUUUCUUCAUUUAAUUGUUCUUUUAGACAUGAAGAACAGCCAAGGCCUUUUGUGUUGCAUGCAUGCUUAAGGAACUCAGAUGAAGAAGUAAGAUUUUUACAAACAUGUUCUCGGGUUCUGGUGUUCUGUCUACUCCCAUCAAAGGAUGUCCAGUCUCUCAGCUUACGUAUAAUGCUCGCAGAAAUUCUCACGAUGAAAGUCUUAAAGCCAAUAGUGGAGUUAUUGAGUAAUCCAGAUUACAUUAACCAAAUGCUGCUUGCCCAGUUGGAGUACAGAGAACAGAUGAAUGAACAUCACAAGAGAGCCUACACCUAUGCUCCCUCUUAUGAAGAGUUCAUCAAGCUCAUCAAUGGCAACUCUGAUGUAGAAUUCUUGAAGCAGCUAAGGUAUCAAAUUGUAGUGGAAAUAAUCCAGGCAACUACAAUUAGCAGUUUUCCCCAACUGAAGAGGCACAAGGCCACAGUUCUAGAAAGAGCACAAUGCCUGAUACAUAGUAAGGAAUCUGCUGCAAUGAAAGCUGAUCUCCUGAGGGCCAGGAAUAUGAAAAGGUACAUUAACCAACUGACUGUGGCAAAGAAGCAGUGUGAAAAGAGGAUCAGAAUUCUGGGAGGUCCUGCCUAUGACCAGCAAGAGGAUGGGGCCUUGGAUGAGGGGGAAGGGCCUCAAAACCAGAAGAUUCUUCAGUUUGAAGAGAUCUUGACCAAUCCUUUGUACCGAGAGCACUUUCGAUUAUACAUGGAAAGGAUAGACAAAAGAGCUCUGAUUAGUUUUUGGGAGUCUGUGGAACAUUUAAAGAGUGCAAACAAGAAUGAAAUUCCACAAUUAGUUGGUGAAAUUUAUCAGAAUUUCUUUGUGGAAAGCAAAGACAUAUCUGUAGAAAAAUCACUUUACAAAGAAAUCCAGCAAUGUCUUGUAGGAAAUAAAGGUAUUGAGGUGUUCUACAAAAUCCAGGGAGAUGUAUAUGAGACCUUAAAGGAUAGAUAUUACCCUUCAUUUAUUGUCAGCGAUUUGUAUGAGAAAUUGAUGAUAAAAGAGGAAGAAAAACAUGUCUCAAAAUUGAUUUCCAACAAAGAUGAUAUGGUGAGUCAAAUUUAAUUUUUGACUUCUUUU